CAAAUUAUUCGUUUUUUCUUUUACUAAAACAAACAAACCUUUCGUAUUGCCUCGAUAGGAAAAAUGGGGUGGCUCUCUUGGGUUUGGGACUGGCUGGCUUUUCUUGGCUUGUCCAACAAGACGGGAAAGAUCUUGUUCCUCGGACUCGAUAAUGCAGGCAAAACGACAUUGCUGGGUAAGCUGGCUACCGACCAGGUUCACGUCUACCGACCUACAUUCCACCCCAACGUCGAGGAGUUGACGUUGGGUGGUAUCAAGUUAAAGACAAUUGAUAUGGGAGGUCACUGUGAAGCUCGACGUUUAUGGAAAGACUACUUUACCAAGGUUGACGGUGUCGUGUUCAUCGUCGACGCAGCUAGACCGGAGCGCUUUGAGGAGGCGCGAAGAGAGCUAGAUAAUUUAAUCCGUUCCGAAGAGCUCUCUCACACGCCUUUCCUGAUUCUUGGUAACAAAAUUGAUAUGCCACAAGCAUGCUCAGAGGAAGCCCUUACGUACGCACUCGGGCUUGGCAACCAGCGAACCGGUAAGACGACAAAGGUGACGGACCCGAAUGUCCGUCCUCUUGAGGUUUUCAUGUGCAGCAUCGUUCAAAAGUAUGGGUACGGAGAUGGAUUUCGGUGGUUGUCGCAAUAUCUUCAAAAUUCAUGAAGUAGGCCAAGCUUACUGUUUUUGACUAUUUUAAAGGCUGAUAAUAUUUACACUAACUGUGCUUCCAAUAAAACUUUUAUAA